AUGGUUCUUGCAGCCGUUGGACAAUUUUGUGCAACAUCCAACCUUGCUCAGAAUGCGCAAAUCAUCAAAUCUCUAAUUCACAAAGCCAGUGCUGCUGGAGCAAGCGUAUUAUUUCUUCCAGAAGCCUCAGAUUAUAUCGCGGGCUCGCCUGCAGAAUCCCUUGAGCUCGCCAAACCUAUCGACACCUCUGAAAUCUUUGUAAAUGGCAUUCUCGCAGGACUCAAAGAAAUUCCAGAAAACGCAGUCAAACCAUACGUUUCGGUAGGCGUCCACGAGCCAACAGAGGGUGGCAAGCGUGUAAAAAACACGUUGUUGUGGGUUGAGCCUGAUGGCACUGUGCGUCAUCGGUACCAAAAAAUCCAUCUUUUUGACGUGGAUAUCAGCAAUGGUCCUAUUCUAAAAGAAUCAAACUCGGUCGAGCCUGGAAACCAAGUGCUGCCACCUUUCGACACACCCAUCGGACGCCUUGGAUCCGCCAUUUGCUACGAUAUUCGGUUCCCUGAGCUCGCUUUACGACUCCGGUCUCUUGGAGCUGAAGUUCUUGUGUUCCCCUCAGCCUUCACAGUACGUACGGGAGCUGCGCACUGGGAGAUUCUUGCACGGGCGCGUGCAAUUGACACACAAUGCUAUGUUAUCAUGGCAGCUCUUACCGGUACUCAUGACAAGGCUGGGAAACGUCAGAGUUAUGGCCACUCGAUUAUCGUGGACCCUUGGGGGACUGUUUUGGCACAAGCACCGGAUGUUGAUACGGAACCAAGGAUCAUUACAGCUGACAUUGACUUGUCGGUUCUCAAACGAGUAAGAGAAAACAUGCCACUAUGGACCCAGCGAAGGCCGGACGUUCUUGGUUACGAAGUUUAG